CCCUGCCUGAUAUGCACACAGCUCUCAAUAAAUUAUCAAUAGUUUGUCUAGCAACUUAGCCACUAUCAACCAUGGCAGAAGCCAAAAGAAGCCAAAAACACAUAGCCGUGUUGACAUUUCCUUUUACAUCUCAUGUCGCCCCUCUUCUUUCCCUCACCCAGAGGCUUUCACAGGCUGCUCCAGAAUUGAUAUUCUCUUUCUUCAGCACGCCUCAGUCUAAUGCCUCGCAUUUUCCAAAAGAUGGAAAGUUUGAUAACAUAAAACCCUACGAUGUUGACACAGGAUUACCGGAAGGGUACGUGCACAAGGGCCAGGGCCCUCCGAGAGUGGCAGUGGAGUACUUUCUGAAGGCAACACCUGGGAAUUUUCAGAGGGCUAUUCAAACGGCGGUGGUGGAGACAGGGAUGGAGAUUUCCUGCUUGAUCUCGGAUGCGUUUCUUUGGUUCGCGGCGGAGAUGGCAAAAGAAAUGCAAGCUCCCUGGCUACCGUUCUGGACCGGCGGUCUUCGUCCGCUGCUUGUCCAUCUUGAAACAGAUAAUCUGAGGCAACAGUUGGGAAUCAACGGACCUGGAGACCAAACCCUUGAAUUUCUUCCAGGAUUUUCUACAAUACGUGCAGUGGAUCUUCCCGAUGGAGUCGUCUCCGGAUCAAUAGAUUCACCUUUCUCAGUUAUGCUGCUCAGAGUUGGAAAAAUGCUGCCGAAUGCAACCGCGGUUGCCAUAAACUCCUUUGAGGAACUAGACAUUACAGUUGUUGACACCAUCAAGUCAAGACUGAAAAUUUUUCUGAACGUUGGCCCCUUAAUCUUAACAUCUCCGCCGCCUCCCGAUUCUGAUAAAUACGGCUGUCUGGAAUGGUUAAACGGACGUGAAACAUCUUCAGUUGCCUACAUAAGUUUCGGUAGUGUGGUUACGCCUUCGCCUUCCGAGCUAGCAGCAUUAGCUGAAGCACUGGAGGAAAAUAGGAUUCAGUUUCUUUGGUCAUUUAGAGGCAAUCCGGAGGAACAUUUGCCCAAAGGCUUUUUAGAAAGGACUAGCGCUUAUGGAAAGAUAGUUCCCUGGGCUCCCCAGUUAAAAAUCCUGGAACAUUCUUCGGUUGGGGUGUUUGUGACGCAUGGCGGAGCGAAGUCUAUAACGGAGAGUAUCAUCGGUGGCGUGCCGAUGAUUUGCAGGGCUUUUUUCGCGGAUCAAGGGCUGAACCAGCGAACAAUGGAGACAGUAUGGGGGAUUGGGUUGGGUGUUGAGGGGGGAAAUUUCGCGAAAGAUAGAAUACUGGAAGCCUUGGAAGCAAUUUUGUAUUCUGAAAAAGGGAAGAUGAUGAGAGAAAAAGUUGCUGCCCUUAAAAGACUUGCUUUCCAGGCUGUUGAGCCUGGAGGUAGGUCCACUGCAAAUUUCAAUUCUCUAAUUGAAAUCAUCACCACAAUUUGAUUGCUGAGUAAUGCUAAACUUACAAAGAAAUUUUACAAAGGUUUUCAUACAAGGUGAUGUGGUAAAAAAUAAAUGAAAGAGAAUUUAAUGAGUUUGACUUUUUGUUUCACUCUUCCAUUCAUUUUUUUGCCACCCCACUUUGUAUGCAAACUUUGUAUGCAAAUCUUUGUAAGAUUUUUUUUCUAAAUAUAGUAUUAUUGAUUUGACUAC